GAAGCAGCGGUGAGGAUGAGCACGAUGCUAACAGAUGUCGAACAUCUUAGCAACAGAAUGCGUUUUUAGCACGAUUUAGCAUGACAACCUGCUUAAAAUACAGGUUUGAACCUGAAUUUCAUCUCCUGCCUGGAGUCUGUGGUUAAACUCACGACGAUGCUGUGCUCGAAGUUUCGGUUCGUGCUGAUCCUCUGCAUCCUUUUGGCUGGAGCUCAGGGAGACAGUGAAGAUUUUGACCCCUACAAGAUCCUGGGAGUCACCAAGAGUGCAAGUCAGGCCGAAGUCAAGAAGGUCUACAAACGCCUCGCUAAAGAAUGGCAUCCAGACAAAAACAAAAGCCCAGAAGCAGAAGACAUGUUCAUUAAGAUUACCAAAUCCUAUGAGAUUUUAUCUAAUGAAGAAAAAAGAGCCAAUUACGAUCGAUACAAGCAGACCAACUCCCAGCCUUAUGGGCCUCAUGGCUUCCGUCACUUCCACAACAACUUCUACUUCGACGAGUCCUUCUUCAACUUCCCCUUUAACAGCAAGGGCAGCAGUGAUUCUACCGAUAGCAAGUACACUCUGCACUACAACCAGUAUGUCAACGAAGUCGUACCUGACAGCUUCAAAAGACCGUAUCUGAUCAAGAUCACCUCAGACUGGUGCUUCAGCUGUGUCCAAAUGGAUCCCGUGUGGUGGGAGGCGGUGCAUGAGCUCGAACCUCUCGGUGUAGGAAUAGGCGUGGUCGACGUCGGCUAUGAGAGACGCCUGGCAAAUCAUCUGGGCGCUCACCGAACUCCGUCUAUACUCUGCGUCAUCAACGGAAAGGCGGCUUUCUUUAACUACGCUCUGGCCAAGGAGCACCUCAUGCAGUUUGUGGAGGACCUGCUCCCUCAGAGACUGGUGGAGAAGGUCACUGACCGGAAUGACCGUGACUUUCUAAAGAGCUGGUAUGAUGUUAACAAGCCCCACAUUCUGCUUUUUGACCAAGUGCCUGCGGUUCCUCUGCUGUAUAAGCUGACUGCGUUUGCCUAUAAGGACUAUGUUCAGUUUGGUUACGUGGACCAGGGUCUGUCUGAGACGGCCAACCUACUCAAGCAGUACAACAUCAACACUUACGCUCCAACCAUGCUGGUCUUCAAGGAGAACACGGAUAAACCGGCCGACAUUAUCCAGGCUAAAGGGAUGAAAAAACAAAUAAUCGAUGAAUUCAUCUCCAACAACAAAUUUCUUCUUGCCCCUCGUCUUGUGAAUCAGAAGGUCUUCAACGAGCUUUGCCCCGUCAAGCAGUUCCACCGGCGCAGAAAGUACUGUGUUCUUCUCAUCACUGGGGAAGAGGAAGUCUUCGUCCCAGGAAACAAAGCUUUCUUGUCUUUGGCCUCAGCGAACACUGAGGAGGUUGUUCGCUUUGCGUAUGUGUACCAACGCCAGCAGCAGCCUCUGUGUGCUGUGCUGCUGAAGAACAGAGACACUCCACCACAAGUGGUGAUCCUAGAGCGGCGUAACAGCGCCGGUAAAGUUCUCUACAAGCCCUUCCAGGGCGGCUGGAACGGCAGCGAGGAGGACAAACACAGGCUGCUGGAGGAGCUGGAGCGGCUGCGGAAAGACCCCUCCAUUCUUACCCACGAUGCUUUUCUGCCUGAACUCAAUAAUGAGUUCGCCUCAAUGUUUUUAAUCAGGUGGAUUUAUGCAGCGUUCGACUAUUUGUCUGAAAUUAUCGACGAUGUUCUCCACAAUAAUUGGCGUGAAAUGAUGCCUCUGCUGUCUCUGAUAUUCUCCGCACUGUUCAUCCUGUUCGGCACAGUGAUUAUUCAGGCUUUCAGCGAUUCUGGUGAGGAGAAACCGAUAAAACCAAAAGCAAAAGAAGCAGCGAACACGCAGAACGGCUCACCAAGCACUGCCAACACUUCCAGCCGCCCACCAAAGAAGAACUUCGUGGAGGUGACCGAGUUAACAGACAUCACUUACAUCAGUAAUUUAGUAAAGCUGAGACCAGGCCACAUCAACGUGGUGCUGGUGCUUACAGACGCAACCAAAAACGUUCUGCUCAGCAAGUUCGCCAAAGAGGUUUACUCCUUCACUGGGAGCCAGACGCUGCAUUUUUCCUUCCUGAAUGUGGACAAGCACAACGAGUGGAUGUCCACCCUGCUGGAGUACGCACAAGACGCUAUGCAGCUGGAGGCAGACGAGGAGGAAGAGGCCAGCAACCGCAAGACGGACUACACGGGAUACGUGCUGGCUCUCAACGGUCAUAAGAAGUACCUGUGUCUGUUCAAGCCAGUGUACACCGGCGAGGACGCUAACAGCAGGCCAGAGGAGGAGGCAGGGAGCUCCAGAUCCAGGUCAAGCUCCAGAGAUGAACACCAGCAUAGGAAAGGAGGGGCACGCUCGCGCUCCACCACUCUCCACAUCCACCACAAACUGGACCGCCUGGGCCUGUGGAUGGAGCGGCUGAUGGAGGGCACCUUACCUCGCUACUACAUCCCAGCCUGGCCCGGCCUGGACAAGAUCACGGUCAAUAAGUAGAGCUGGGAAUCCUUGCACCUGUCGAACAGAUACAGCGUUGGUUCUUUUGGGAACAGUUUCGCAUUGCUACCCUUGUGGUGUGACUCUGGGUGGCGCUGUAGGUAGACUUCAUGACCUCAAAGCUCAGACUUUAUCCUUACACAGAUGCUGUAAAUGACCCGAGUCUAACAGUAGCUCCAUUAAACCAUGAUGCUGCACCAUAACUACAGAAUGCUGCUCCGGCCAUUACUUUAAAGCUACUUUAAAUAGGGAUGUCCAUUAAUACAUGACCAACAUGAUGUAACACCAGGAAAACUCCACCCUGAACAAAUCCUGAGUUAAACAGCUUUCAUCGAUGCUAGAGGUUUCCUGUAUUACCCACAAUGCCGCUGGACUACCUGCUUAUAACGAUUCAUGAAAUGCUUAAACACCAUCUCAGUCUACACUCGCACUUCUGCUGUGUUGGCUCUCUCAUUAACACAGUAGUGAACAUCGCUGGAACAAGUUGAUUGGGAAAAUAAGCUCUUGCUGAUUUUUUUUUUUCUCAGAACUAACAGUGUUAAGUUAUCCCUUAUGGUUUGGGAUCGUUAAAAGUGGAGUCUAGAAUGAAACGCUGUUGUAACUGCUACACUAGCAAUAACUGUCUUUCUGUGACUUCAGCGCAGAACCCAAAUCAUACGUAUUGUGUUUCAGGGUGGAGAUUUCCUUAAGAAGUGAUCUGAAAGCUUUCUGUAGUUGGUAAAUGCCUUUAACACACACACACACACACACACCUUCGGGGUGAAGCCGAGGAUUUCAGUAGAUAUAAGGCUUUACCUGAUCCUCUGCACACUACGGUCACUUUCACCUGGUAAAUGUAGCAUGAACUAAAAAAACAAAACUAAGAGUAAUAAGCUCUUAUUUUAUAAAACUUUUUUUUUUAUUAUUAUUAUUAUUUAAACACGUAAAACAGUAAUUGUUCCUAUAUCUAAUAAGUAUUUCAGUAUUAAGCAUACACGUACUAUAUAUAUAUAUAUAUACAUAUAUAUAUAUAUAUAUCCAUUCUGUCCUGAACAGAUGGAUCUAGAAGACAGUGUCUUGCUUGUGCAAUAAGACGAAUUUGCCUUGAACCCGUUUCGUUCCACGUGAAUUAUCUGUAUAACGAUACACAGUGAUCCCUGCUGUAUUAUACGUUCCUGACUGCAUCGGGCAUUUAGCAUGGAGUCAGAUGUUCUUUAUCCAGUAAUAUUAACUCUUCUUGUUAUUCCUGUUCUGUAAGAAAGAUUCCACGAUAGUAUUAUAUAUAUAUUUUCCUUUUAGGCAGGACACACUGUACCAUUUAGCUGACAUGAAACACGGCGAGUGUGUACGGGAAAUUCCCAGUGCUAGCUAGCUGACAGUUAAGCUAGGCAGCUUGUUUUUAACUAUCGUAUUCAUAACCUGUACUUCUUCACCGUUAGGAAACUUUGUAGCUGCUUCUGUGCCUUUUUCCGUUGUCGGACAUUUCCUUUCUGUGGAACGAGCUUUGGAGGAUUUUUUUUUACAGCAUGAUAAUCCAAAUCCAGUCUUCCAUCCCAGAAGAGAUUUUAGCUACCACAGGGCUACCAGACAAGCUACCAGACCGAUGCAUUAUUAUCUCACCAAUGUGCUGUUCAAUGGUCAUUAACGUGUACACUGCUGUUAUUUAGAGAUUAUCGGAUCUGUGUUGCUGUGAUGUAAAUAAGCUCGUUUCUGUCCUGUGGUUAAUUAACGUUUAUUCGUCACAUUUUGGCGAGUAAUAAGUGUAUAGUCCAUGUGUAUAUCUGCAUGGUAGGGAUAAUAGAAUAGAAUAAACAUUAUGUGGCCUGUUUUUAUUUAUGUA